ACCAGUUCAGAGGUUUAGAACUCGAACUCGAGCAUCACCCUCUUUCUCCCUUCUCUUAACUCUGGUUGACAUUGGUAAGUAUUGAUAUGGCGGCUGGGGGACGCGAAGUGUCUGUGAUAACGGUGGGUGGGAAAGGCGCUUAUCUGUCCUCAGCCAUAGUCUCCGCCGUCGCCAAUGGCCUCUCUCAGUCGCGAAUCGACUCAUCGGUCCUUGACAGGCUUUCCAAUCCUAAGAAUCCUCCUCGUCCUCCUCCGUCUUCCCAGUUCAAGUUUUCCCUUCUGAAGGAUCUAUCCCCUGAGGAAUCCAGAGCUGCUCUCCUCAUUCUCUUGAACAAGCUCUUGCUCUCCGGUGGUAUUCGACCCACCCUCCCUCUUCUUAUCUCCGAUGCCCUCAACAACAACAACAAUAAUAAAACCCUAGAUUUAGAUUUAGAUUUUGAUCGUGCCUUUGAUCUCACUGACGAUGAACUCUUUGUUCUGGAUAACUCAUUGUUUAUCUUGGAUGGCAUUUGCGCAAUUCUCGAUCACCAGUCCUCCACCUUGUCUGCCAUCGCCGACGCCGUGGCCGCUUUGUCUUGCGAGGCCUCUGGAGCCGACGUCUCCGCAUUUAAUAAUCUGACAGACUCUGGUGAUGCUUCCUCUGCUAAUAAGGACGAGAUUGCCGUCGCUAGUGACUUGAAGGUUUUGCUCGUUGGCUCCAAAUUGGUUGGCAAGCUCCACUCCGAUUCCGUCUCUGAGAUUCCCCAGGUCCAUGCUACUUUUAGGGAGAUUUCCAGAUUGGUGCACUCGAGGAUGCGUUCCGAAUUGAAUUCCCCUGUUGUUAAAACUACCGGUGGAACUGGCAAGGCAUUGGCCACGGUUUUCUCAUCUUUAUCUGAGGCCCUGAGGCAUUUGGGCAUGAGUAGCUGGUCCCGUGCAAAACUUAACAUUGAUGUGAUGAGUAAUGUUGAUCUCCGCUCUGGGUUGAAUGAAGUUUUCGGCAGGGAAUGCCCUAGUGUUGAUAGUUUGGGGGACUUGCUUAUGUCCUCUUCGCAAGCCGGUUUUAGAGGGCAGUACAUCAAGUUCUUUCACGAGCUUAAUAGAUUAUCAGAAAUAGUGAGCAAGAUUUUUGCAUGGGAGGCAACGACAGCUUUUAUUUCGCUCGAGGGGAAUGAACUAACAGAAAAACUUCAGGGUAAUGCCAUGAAUGGAGUUUCUGCCAAAACAGAGAAGAAGAGAGAAAAGAAAAAGAAGGUUUUAGGAAAAGGGGCUUCUGUUUUAAUGCAGUUUAUCAAGGAUAGGUUGCAGAGUGGAGUAGGUGAGGCAGUUGAUCAUUUGGGCCUACUGGAGAAAUGGACGCGUGAUCUUCUCUCAUUCUUCGACCCGAAGCACUCGGGCUUUCACAGCUUAUUGAUGAAAGUGAAAGAGCUCGUGGAAAGCAAUGAAAGUAGGAGACUUCCCAAGCUUCCCAAGGGUACUCGUGAUUUUGCAAAAGAACAGAUGGCCAUAAGGGAGAAAGCAUUCUCAAUUAUAGCCCAAGUUUUCAAGAGGCACGGUGCCAUGGCACUGGAUACUCCUGCAUUUGAAUUGAGAGAAACUUUAAUGGGAAAAUACGGGGAAGAUUCAAAGUUGAUUUAUGAUCUUGCUGAUCAGGGUGGAGAGCUUUGUUCGCUGCGGUAUGAUUUAACAGUUCCAUUUGCUAGAUAUGUGGCCAUGAAUGGUAUUACAUCAUUUAAAAGGUAUCAAAUAGCAAAGGUUUAUCGAAGAGAUAACCCAUCUAAGGGAAGAUAUCGUGAAUUCUAUCAAUGUGAUUUUGAUAUUGCUGGUCAAUAUGAGGCAAUGGGGCCAGACUUUGAGGUCAUAAAGGUUAUGACUGAACUGCUGGACGAGCUAAAUAUUGGUGAUUAUGAGGUAAAAUUGAGUCAUCGGAAGCUAUUAGAUGGCAUGCUGGAUAUUUGUGGAGUGCCACCUGAAAAAUUCAGAACUAUAUGUUCCAGUAUUGACAAGUUGGACAAGCAAUCAUUCGAGCAGGUUAAAAAAGAAAUGGUGGAAGAGAAGGGCUUAAUUGUUGAGACAGCAGAUCAAAUUGGCACUUUUGUCAAGGAAAGGGGGCAUCCUUUGGAACUUUUAUCUAAGCUUAAACAGGAAGGGAGCAAGUUCCUAGAAAACCAGGGAUCUCUUGUUGCACUGAAUGAAUUGGAGAUUCUAUUUAAAGCUCUGGAAAAGUCGAAGUGUAUUGACAAAGUGGUUUUCGAUUUGAGUCUUGCUAGAGGUCUUGAUUACUAUACUGGAGUCAUAUUUGAAGCUGUUUUUAAAGGGGCUACACAGGUUGGUUCUAUUGCUGCUGGCGGACGUUAUGACAACCUUAUAGGGAUGUUUGGUACAAAGCCGGUACCUGCAGUUGGUGUCAGUCUGGGAAUAGAACGAGUAUUUACUAUAAUGGAGCAGCUUCAGAAAGACCAGAAUCAGGCUACCCGAGCUACUGAAACUCAAGUCCUAGUGGGUAUCCUGGGAGACGACUUAUCUGUUGCAGCAGAACUGGUUAGUGAAUUGUGGAGUGCCAGAUUGAAAGCAGAGUAUAUUGUCAGUAAAAGAAUGCUGAAGCUCAUUGAACGUGCCAAAACAUCAAGGAUCCCAUGGAUGGUAAUCGUGGGUGAGCGUGAACUGAAUGAAGGGGUUGUGAAAUUGAAAGAUGUAGAGGCUGCAAAAGAAGAGGAAAUCCGCAGAGAUGUACUUGUUGAGGUGCUUCAGAGACGGUUGAGUGGCAUGUCACCUUGAAAAUCUUGUUCUCGUCGUCCAACCAGAUAAUACUCUUAAUUCAGGAUAAUAGUUUUGUCUAUACAAUUCCAUUUGGCCUACAUAUUACUCUUCUGGUUUUGUUUAUAGUAAAAAAAAACCUUUUAUACAUGAGAUUGUGGGUGGA